AUGGAAAGGGACCCUAAAAGUUGGUGUAGGGCAUUCUUUGAAGUGGACAGGGCUUGUGAUGCUUAUGAGAACGGCAUAUCAGAAAGUUUCAAUUCUAUUAUUGAUCUUGCUAGGAAGGGCCACUCCUCACCAUGUUGGAAGAUAUUAGGAUUUAUGCAAUGGAGAGGAUGCAUAUUUUGGGGAGUUAUACCUUCUGGGAUACAACAAUAUGAGGUUAGGAUUGGAAAUGAUGGAUAUGUUGUGGACCUUAACAACAACACAUGCGGAUGUAGAUCUUGGCAAGUAUCAGGUAUCCCAUGUGUGCAUGCAGUGGUAGCCAUUUCAUAUCUCAAUAGGAAUGUAGAGGAUUAUGUUGCACCAUGGUUCCAUACAACCAUGUUCUUGACUUGUUACAACCAUACAAUUAAUCCACUUAAUGGUAGUUCUAUGUGGCCUGAAGUUCCCUACAUGAAGCCAUUGCCUCCCCAAAAAAGAAGGUUACCAGGAAGGCCAACCCUUAAAAGGAAAAGGGAUCAAUCUGAGAGGGAAAGCCAGGGGAAAACAAGGCAUAAUAUCUCAAAAUCAGGUAAUGUGGAACCAGUUCAAGUGGAACUAGUUCAAGUAGAAGCAGUUCAAGUAGAUCCAAUUCAAGUGGAUGCUCCUGCACAACCUAUUGAUGAUGUUCAAAUAGAUCCUGCUCCACAUGUUGAUGUUCAAGUAGAUGAUCUUGUUAAUGAUGUCCCUACUCAACCUGUUGCAACCGGGAAGUGGACACGAAAAUGCUCUGAAAGAAUUACCAAGAUUGGGUCAAGGAGGAAGGUUUUGAAGAAAGAAGGAAGCAAUGAUCACCACCCAAUGGUGUUGGAAUGA